AUGGAUUAUCACCUCAACACCUCUGUUCGUCUAAGCCUACCCAACAAUGAACUAAACCUAGAGCUCCUCCUCGAACCAUUAUCGUCAUCGUCGUCGCCCCGCAGCCCUGCGGAAUCUCGAAUUUUCUCUUGUAAUUAUUGCAAAAGGAAGUUCUAUAGCUCACAAGCACUUGGAGGGCACCAAAAUGCACACAAACUAGAACGGACUCUUGCCAAGAAAAGCAGGGAGCUAAGCUCGGUUGUUAGGGAUCAAGGUCAACGUCUGCAGUCACCGACGGCUCCGUUCGAACAACAAAAUCGAGCCGGUGGGUUUGCUGGAGAAAUGAGAUAUGGAGGAAGAGAUGUUAACUACGUUUCCAUUGAAUAUGGAACUGAGAACGUUGAAGAUGAGUUUAGUCAGGUUGAUUUGUCUUUAAGGCUGUGAAAUUGCAGUUUCAGUCCUAUAAGUUUGAGAAAUUUCU